GCUAGUUAUCGACGCUCUCUAUAAAUACGUUGGGACUUCCGUGUUUCAGAGUUGUGCUGUUUUAUAGUGCGUUGAUUAUUUUUUCGAGAGACAGAAAAGAGGUCUGCUAGGAUGCCGGAGCCCGCCAAGUCCGCUCCCGCCCCCAAGAAGGGCUCCAAGAAAGCGGUUACCAAGACGCAGAAGAAGGGAGACAAGAAGCGCAAGAAGAGCAGGAAGGAGAGCUACUCCAUCUACGUGUACAAGGUGCUGAAGCAGGUUCACCCGGACACCGGCAUUUCGUCCAAAGCCAUGGGCAUCAUGAACUCCUUCGUGAACGACAUCUUCGAGCGCAUCGCCGGGGAGGCGUCCCGCCUGGCGCACUACAACAAGCGCUCGACCAUCACGUCCCGGGAGAUCCAGACCGCCGUGCGCCUGCUGCUGCCCGGGGAGCUGGCCAAGCACGCCGUGUCCGAGGGCACCAAGGCUGUCACCAAAUACACCAGCUCCAAGUAAACGGGUUCCUCGCAUGCUUCCUGCAUCGUUUCAACCAAAGGCUCUUUUAAGAGCCACCCACUUAAUCAUUAAAAGAGCUUAAGUAUCACUGUUUCUUCCUUUGCAUUCUAAAUUCUUCAGCUAUCACCUUCCAUUGUUUGAUCAAAGAAAGUACUACAUCUGAUUAUCUGAGUUUGCAGUGCUUAGAAUGUUUUAAUUUCUAAAAGGGUUCCAGUAUUAAGUGUAUGUCUUGCAUGUUUAAGGGGAAAAUUAUCCUGAAAUCAAGCCUUGGGAAAUAAAUGUACUACAACAGAAUAAACAAAGCAAUUGAUUUUUAAG